AUGGCUAAGAAGGGAGGAGUCCAGCAGCUCCAGUCGGAAAUUAACACCGACGACGAGUUUGAGAAGUUCCUCGAACGUGACGGAUUGCUUGUUAUGGACGUGUAUACGGAAUGGUGUGGCCCGUGCGUCGGUAUGAUCGGCAGUUUGAAGAAAAUCAAGCUAGAACUCGGUGGCGACAACUUGCAGCUAGCCAUCUGCAAAUCGGAUGAAAUAUCGGCGCUCAAGCGAUUCCGGAAUAAAAGUGAACCCACCUGGCUGUUCGCGUCGCACGGUAAGAUCGUAAACCUGAUGUUUGGCACCAACGUGCCGAAGCUGAUCAAUCUCAUCACCGAGGAACUGGACGUCGAGUUGAAGUGCCGUGCCGGUGAAGUAGAACGUACGUACUACGAGCUGUGGGAACUGACACCGGACGAGCAGGAGCGCGAAGAUGUUCGCCAGGAGCGCGAAGAAGAGGUAGCCCGGAUCGAGAAGGAGGCGGCCGCUAAAAAGCGUCUCGACUAUAUCACGCACGUAACGGACGAGAUCAUGACCAACAUCCCGGAUAUGGGCAUUACGCUGUUCAUGCCACACGUGCACAAGGACGUCUUCAAGAAACUGCACGAUCAUGCGGAAAAGCACGAUCUGCACAUGAAGGAGAAGCGUCUGGUGCAUCUCAACCCGAAGAUGCUCGAAGUGUUACACUUUGAGUGCGAGAACCGGCUGGCAGACGACGUGUUCGAGCAGAUCUACUACAAGGACAUCCAGGCGUACGUGUGGAAGCUGAACGAAGGCGAAACGCGCCCACCGGAAGAGGUGAUCGGGGCGUUCGUGAAGGUGAUCACGGAACCGGUCGAGGUGCUGGACGCGGACGGUAACGUCGAGAAGGUGAUCCCGCGUAUGAUCGAACCGCUCGAGAUGCUGUACAACGCGAACGAUGGUACGUGGAAGAUGGUAGCGAAAUUGCCUCCACAGAAGAGCGCCAGCUCGAUCGCAACGACCACGUCGUCUGAGUCGUCACAGAACGCGUCCAAGGAGACGUUCGAUGAGGAGUCCUGUCCGAUGCUGAUCAUACCCGGUGUUUGGACACCGACGAACCGGCGAGCGAAUGCGGCACUGUUCUACUUGAUUUUCCGCCACCUUACGGAGCACUUCCUGCCGCCGGAUCCUGUUCCCGAGCCGCCUCACAUUUGCAUGGUGUUCGACGCGUACAAGAAGCGAGACGUGCUCGAGGUGGCAAUGAACGAGAAGUACAAAACGCAGGUGAUGGCGUUCGGGUACUUCAGCACCGGUGAUCCGAAAACGGCGGAGCUGAUCGCGAAGACGACGGAACGGUACACUACGAAGCGUCCGAACGUGAACGAUAAGCUAAUCAUGAAGGUGUCGAAGGCGACGAGCCACGCGAUGUUGGCCCUCACGGCGAUGGGUCCCUGCUACGUCAGCCAGAACGCUGUCGAGGGGCAGGAGGAGUGCGCCACCCUGUUCCCACCGAACUACAACUUCGUGGAGGAGGAGAACGAAACGGGUGAGGUGGAGAAGAAGAAGCACAAGAAGAAGCGACGCGGUAAGAAGAGCGACACGUCGGUGUCAUUGGCCACGGAUUCUGCCGUUUCGACGACACCUUCCGCGGAACCGGGUGGCGACGGGCAGAGUGAAUUGGCCACGAUUGGUGAGGGUUCGACCGGUGAAGAGGGUGAGACGACGUCCUCCUCGCAGAACUCACCGGAAAAGACGGGAGGCGAUCCGGAAGAUGCCGCAACGGGAGGGAAUUAA